AUGACAGAUGGUUAUGGAAAUAUUAAUUGGUGGGGUUUUAGCCCAGCUCUUGAUUUACAAGCGAUUGGUCUUGAGCCUGUGUGUGACAAAUUAAUGUGUGCAGUACCAGAUGAAAUUCAUAUUCUGCUUGUUGGGGCUGGAGAUAUUCGGCAUAUACUGAAAACAGUCGCACGAAGAUACAGACAUGGACAGAAGAAAAUCAAGUUUUAUGUCAUUGAAUCAGCUUUGGAACUGUAUGCACGAGAUAUGCUGUUGAUGAUGAUAGCUCUUGAACUUCAGAAGAAUAUGGGAUUACAGGAUAAAACAGAGUUAUUUUUGGAAAUCUAUGGAAACUCACUUGUGCGACAGCAAAGCAGUCAUUAUGUUGAAACGAUGGCCCAUGAGCUUAUUAAAAUGGUCACAGAUUUUGACUACAUGGACAAAAAGCUGCCACUGUUUGAUUUAUCAAACUUGAAGUACAAGGAAAGAGACUUUCUGGAGAGCAUCCUGAAAUUCUGGAGAAACAGAUCCAAGAUUGCAUUUGAAAUAGCCAAAUGCUGGGAUCUGAGAUUACGUCAGCUUCUUGGUGUUCGGUAUGACAGUAGGAAAAAUGUAUAUGACUGGGAUUACAAUAUGGAGCUCAUUGAACGUGGGGGUUCCAUUGUUUAUCUUCAUCAAUACAAACAGUGGAGAGAAAAUGGUGUAGCAUUCCAGAUUAGAGAUGGAACUUAUAAUGUGCCUAACAGAACAUUGUCAUCAGCUAUGGUGUUCAAACUUGAUGGCGAACGAUUCCCAAGACGCGGUUACUGGGGCGAUAUGGUUGUGUCUCCUUACAUAACUUUUGGGAUCGAAACAGAGGAGAAAUCAUUUUAUAAAAAACAAAAUAACCUUCAUACAAAAACUGCAGAAGAUGUUUCAGAAUUCAACAUUACAUCACUGUUUUAUGAAAUAGCCAGAAAUGAAAAAUAUGAACUUCCAAAAGUGAAGACGGAUAAAGAAAAAGAGGAAAGUCAGUCAACUGCCAAGUUAGAAG